AUUGUUUCUAAAUUUGCAGGCUAUAAUUAUUAUUUUAUUUGCCUUUUGUCAAAGAUGUUUUCCAAAAAUAUCGUAUUUCAAAUGAGUGGAUAUACAAAACAGUAGUUCAUUUCGAGGUUUAUUUUCAUCAAACAUCCCAUUCAUUUCUGAUAAAAGCACAAAGUAGGAGUAUUUGUAAAGCAUCAACAGAGGAUCUGGGAAAUGGAAGAUCGGAGCACAAUCCUCUCACAAAUGAAGAUCUGCCGUUUCUGUUUCUCGGAAAACGAAUCGGAAUUAUCUAGUAUACAUGGAAAGGUCUUUCUAGAUGGUGAUACAAGAUGUAUACCAUUACCUCUCCAAAUCAUGGCUUGUGUUGCUAUAGAAGUUUUCAAUAAUGAUGGAAUGCCUCAGAUGAUAUGCAAAACAUGUCGAAAUCUGACCAUGAAAGCUUAUACCUUCAAGUUGAAUUGCAAGAAAGUAGAUGAUGCUUUCAAGCUAUUUAUUGCUACAGGCCAGUUAUCAAAGCCAUACAUAGAUGCAGUCACUGAAAUGAAUGUCCCUCGUCAAGAGAAGACUCACAUAAAUGAGAUGGUACGUAAAAUUCAAGCACAUAAGGAUGCAUUUGAAGACAACACAAAUUUAAACACCAUAGAGAAUGAGAUAGAGAUCCAUGUUAGCAAAAAUAUAGAACAGGUAGAGCUAGAUGAACAAGAGUAUGAAGAAGGUAUCAGAGGUGAUGAGGAUGAAGAAUACACACUAGUUGAUCUAGAUAGUAUCAAUAAAAACAAAGAAAAAGUUGCAGAAGAAGAGCCUAUAAAGAACUGUUUCUCUUGUCCUCAUUGCAGCAAAUCUUUUCGUUUGAAACAGCUUCUUGAUCUCCACAUCACUAACCAUGAUAGAGAGCGUAGUUUUGAGUGUGAACUAUGCAGCAGAAAGUUCUUUAAUAAAUAUGAUCUACAGAAACAUGAGGACAGUCACAAUCCAGAAAAAAAUCAUAUUUGUGUGGUCUGCAACAAAAGUUUCUCCAGAUAUGCUUUACUAGCAAGACAUGAAAAAGUUCAUAGUGAUGCCCCAAGGUAUGCUUGCACUGUGUCACAAUGUGACAAGACUUUCUUGACCAAAGAAUACUUGAAUGCUCACUUGGAAAACCACACCAAGAAGAGACCAUACACCUGCAAAAUCUGCAGCAAGAGCUUUGUUUUCAAACAGGGCCUGGAACGCCAUGAGGUCUCACAUCAAGCUUCAAAACCUCACAAGUGCAACUAUUGUGAGGCAAGUUUCACUUCCUCAAUCAAACUUGCUCGCCACAUCACCAGUCAUGCUGGCUUGAGGCCUUAUCCAUGUAAGCAAUGUGGUCGUACCUUUCUGCUGAGUCACCAUUUGACAAGACACAUGAGGAGUCACUUUGCUUCUAAGACCAGCUCACCUGAAUCUCUGAUUGGUCUCUAUAAGUGUGAUAUUUGCAGUAUGUCCUUCAGGAGGAAGGAUUCCUUGAUCAAUCACAGUGCCAUACAUUCCAUGGUGAACUUGAGAUGUGUCAUCUGCAAUACAGUGUUCGAAACGGCCAAUAUGGUUAAGGAGCACAUCACCACCCAUCUAACAGGCCUGCCCUUUCCCUGCGAGAAGUGCGAUUACAGCUUCGAGUCGGCCGACCAGCUGGAAGAGCACGAGCUGAAGCACGCCGAAAUGGAGUACGAGGACCAGAUCGAGAAGGAGGUUAUCUCGGAGGCGCAUCGCAAGGGGGGUCAGAAGAACGUCGGUUCGGCGGCAGACGACGACGAAGAAGACGACGAAGAACUGGAUGCGGUGGAAGAAGACGAGGAGCAGUUCGAAGGCGAAGAUGAAUAUGAAAACGAGGACGUUAGGCAGUAUACGAUAACUGACAUUGACAAUUCAGAGAUUAUUCCGACUUCGCAACUUGUGCAGCAGCAGCAGCAACAACAGCAGAGGCAAAACCAGGUGCAACAGGUUGAGAUGAAACGGCAGCAGCAGCAGCAUAUUCAAAAAGGUGUUCAGGAAGAAAGCAAUGAGGAACAUUUUGAAAUGGAUUACAUGAAGAACGAGAUCCACUCGGAGGAAGAGAUGGAGAUGCAUGAGCCUGAAAACGACAAUGCGGAGUACGCGGACCAAGUCGUUCAGCAGCAGCCGCUCAAACCCAUCGUGCGACAAGAGGGCACUAAGAUGUAUCAGGGCAGAGCGACGGAAAGGAGACCGCAUAUCGUCAAUGAAGAAAUCUCUGUGAGGCAAUCUUCGUUGACCAUCCCAGAAACCCCCAUCGAAAUCGACGCGGCCACCACCUUGCAGUCCACCGUCAACCGAAAAAUCGGUGACAAGGUCGUCAAAGUCCAAAAGUUCAUCCUCACCAAAGACGAGAUGAAAGCCAUGGCCAAGCAAGGCAUCCUCAGGAUGAAAGGGGGGCAGGUGGUGUUGAAGAGCCCCGGCCAGGCAAUCUUAAACGCCACGCUCAAGCCGGUCCACAAGAACGACAUCGAAUCGCUUUUGGACUUGAAAGCCGCCAACAAGGCGCCUGUAAGGAGGUAUCGCAAAAGGAAGGAGGCGACUAUAUUCUCCGAGGAGGAUUUGACCUCGAAUCCGAUGGACAUGUGAACACGGAAACAUUGACAGUGAGCAACUUUUGAAAUCCUCCCUCUGAUAUUUAGUAAUUGUGUCAACUUGAAAUUGUUUCACGAAUUCAACUAGAAAUCAGGUUAGAUCCAUUUGAAAUGUAGUUUAUUAUUGUUUUUAUAUCCUCGAAGAAUUAACACCCGGCAAGUACUUCUUUCAGCUUCAUUAAAAGCGAAGCUAUGACU